AUGCACAGUCAGACCUCAGUGGACUCGUCCAACAGCACGAGUAUGGUUACGUGCGGAAAUCUGUUGCGGAUGCGGAACACCCUAUUGGGACAUUCGGAUCCGCAGAUCUCGUCGUGUGCCGCAGCACUGACCGCAUCGCAGCUGAACAUGGGUGGGACAGGUUCGCCAAAUACGCACGCGGCGACGGCACAGGCUGGUGGUAUUGGCAAUGUGCGCCUGAGG